AUGGUAGCUUCCCCGGACAUGGAGUUCGACCCCAACGACCCUGCUGGAAUGUCGCCCGCCGCCAAAACCAUGACCACGCCAUUGCGAAACAAGGCGGACAUUCUCAACUCCUUCAACCCGUUUUCCGGCUCUCUGUCUAGAAAGAAGAAGACCCGGCGAAUCAGCAAAAACUCCAUUCGACACCUCGAUAGUCCACACCUCGACAGCGAAGAAACUCUGGGCAGCCCUGUUUGGGAUAACACCUGGGAUGUGCCUUCUCUGCAGCAGAGCUCGAUGGGCUCCCCCACCCGAAGAGAACACGAUAUCGGACAUCAAGACAGUAUGAACGACACCAGUUUCUCGUCCGAACAGAACUUCAGCGAAAUCCCAAAGUUUGCCAUCACUCGUAAACCUGUGGGAGCCACAGCACCAGCAGAAGAAGAAAGCAGACCGACGUCGCUCGCAGACUCCAGAUACGAUGAAUUCUCAUUCACUGAGGAGAAUGAGCACCAGAACAACAACAACAACAAACACAACGAGUACGGAAACUAUGUGGCGGACUCUAAUACCAACCAGCAGUCACUGGCAACAACGUGGGAAGACGAGCAGACCAAUCACUACGAAGACAAUCAUGAAGCCGAUCCCGCGCAGAAAAUCAGCCACUCGCUGGGCCACGCAGAGCAACAUAGACCCAUGGGUAACUUCCGAACGAGCCACUUGGGCAGCCUAGACGCCCGAAUGGAGACUCAUUGGGAGACCCCCGGAGAAGACAGAGAUAGCGCUCUUCUGGAGCCCCCUCAGAUGCCUGAAGCUAAUGUCAACUCUAGGGGAGGCUCUUCUUACUACGCAGAUAGUCCUCAUUUGGAAUCGCCCAACGUUGGCUCUUUGCAUUUGGAUAUCCCUUACUUAGACGAAGAAACUAAGGAAGACCAAGACAGCAACAAAAUGUCGACUUCUUCAGACCACACUGCCAGCCCCGGCACUGCGGGUACAGCCACAGCCCAUUCCAGACAAAUGUCCAAAAACUCAGACAUUCUGAACUACUAUCUGGACGAUGAACUGCAAGUGGCUGAGGAGGAGGACGCUGAGGAACGAGAAGCUGCCAAGCUUGCCGCUGAAGAGGACGCUGCUCGUCUCAAGGAGGCUCGAAAGUCGAGAGGUAACAUUUUCGAAAAACUGCUCGACUUCAGUUCUUUCAACGGUCGAUCUACCAUGGGUCAGACUACUUCCACACAGGGAGCGCUACCAGUGCCUGACCUGCAGGUUUCUAAUCCCGGAGACCCUAAGUCGGAUGAUUCUGGAGGUGCUGCCUUUGAGUGCACUCCCGUGACCUACCUGAGUCCUGGACCUGAGUCGCCCUCCGAUUCGCCUAACAAGAAAAGAUUCAACAUCCCAUCUCCUUUGAAGAUGGACGGCAAGCCUAAUGCCCGCACGUCUCUGGCCACCGCAUUCAUGCCCUUGACUCCUUCUUCCAUUGCGCCGUCUAUCCCUUGGCGGUCGUCUUCUCUGCCCACUCCGCUGGAGCCUCUUCCUGAAGCCAUGAUUCUGAGUCCUGCUCGACACGGAGGCUCUUCACACGAUGCCUCGCCUAGAGCUCAUUCCGUUUCGGGCACGUCUGCCACGUCUGGUGGACCCACAGUUUCUGGAACAACCACCCCUGGCCAGUACACCAUUUCGCCUCCCUUGGCUAUCGACAAUGAAGUGGCCUCUUUCCAGCAGCCCACGGAAAUCAACUACUUCACAACCCCCAAGGUGAAUUUCACUUCUCCUGCCAUGAGCGAUCUGGAUGCCGAGAUUCGGUACUAUCUGGCCACUCGCCCUGCAUCAACGGCUAGAAAACUGCCCAAGAAGAAGCCUGCUCCCCAUUCGUCAUCGCCUACUUCAGAUAGUAAUCAGUCCACGCCAAAGGCCUCUGGAGCUGCCACUCCUCGCCCCGCGUUUGCUCCUCCAGCAAUGUUCCAGACAGAGGCUCAUGACUUCCAGCACGACAACCAGCUGCAUCCUCAGCUGACGCAAAUUCGAAACCUCGCACAGACCCAGCAGGUCCAUGCCAUGCAUCAGCUGCUGCCCCAGUACCAGGGUAUGGCUCAGGUCCCCAGCCAGGCUUCUCUGCAGCAGCAUUAUCCUGUGCAGCAGCAACAUCAUCCUGGUGUCCCUCAGACCCCGAAGCCCAUGUCCAUUCUUGAACAGAUGGCUGCCCAGCAACAGGCUGCUCGAAUGACCCCCAUGACUCAGAGUAACUUCUACGUGAGCCCCAUUCAGCCCUUAUCUCCUGUUCAACGACAGAUGGCCCAGACUCCUCAGAUGUCUCUUCUGGAGCAGCUCCAGGCUGCCGGUCGACAGACCCCCCAAGUACACUACUCACCCGUUCUGUCUCCUGUUCAGCAGCACACUCCUGUUGGUAGCAUGACUCCUGUUCAGGGCCAAUACACUCCUCAACAGGUGGCUCAGUAUCAGCUGAUGGAGCAGCUCAGCCAGCUUCAGCAGCAGCAGGCUUCUCAGGCCCAGAAUACCCAGCACUACCAGGUAUCCCAGGCUCAGGCGCAAGCUAUUGCCCAGCAGCAAGCUGCCGCCCAGUAUCAGGCCGCUGCCCAAUAUCAGGCUGCCGCCCAGUAUCAGUAUCAGCAGAUGGCUGCUCUUGAACAGCAGCUCGUUGCUCAACAACAGGCCCAACUUCAGGCUCAGGCUCAAGCGCAGGCCCAGGCCCGAGCACAGGCCCAGGCUCAGGCCCAGGCUCAGACCCAGGCUCAGUAUGUUGCUGAGCAGCAGGCCCAGCAGCAGGCCCAGCAGCAGGCCCAGCAGCAACUCGCAGCCCAACAGCAGGCUCAGCAGCAGGCCCUGUUGCAGCAGCACCAGAACCAACAGCUUUCGCAGUUGCAGCAGUUGUCACAACUGGAGCAGCUCCAUAUGCAGCAGCAGGAGCAGAUGGCUAAGAUGGCUGCCUCGCAACUCACCCCCACAUCCAUGUCGCCUUCUCAAAUGUCGGUGGCUUCCUUCCCCGACCUGGGAGUUCCUCAUCCGGCCAUGUCCCGAAAGGCGUCGGAGUCCUCACUCAAUUCCGCCUCUUCGUCAACUGAGAACAACUCGUUGAACGACCUGUUCAACCAGAUCACUCAGCAGGCAUCCAAUACUUCUUAUUCAUCGGCCCAACAGAGUCUCCUGGGUCAUCGAUCCACCCAUUCCGGUGUCUCUGGCAUUUUCCACCCCCGUCAGGCCAAGGGAAGAAGCCCCGUUGAGAAGACCGGUUUCCCCAUCGGACACUCUCCUAGCACUUCCGUCAACUCAGCUAAUAAUUCUUUUUAG